UUCCUCUUCCUCUUUCCCUUACCUCACCCUCCCCUCUUCUCACAAUCCCUUGACACUCGUUCAGUUUCUUCACCACUAGUCGCUCUCUUCGCACUUUUUUAUUCGACAUGCGUUUCACAGCCGCUCUCGCCGUUGCGGCCGCCACCAUUGGCAGCGCCGUUGCCCAGGACUCUUAUGUCCUCGGUUUCAACUCGGGCGCCUCGACCGACACGGGCGCGGCCAAGUUCCAGGCCGACUUUGAGAAGGAGUUCAGGACGGCCCAGAACCUCAAGGGCGCGCCCGGCAACUUCAACACAAUCCGUCUCUACUCCAACAUCCAGUGGCAGACGACCGACACCCCUAUUGAGGCUUUCCCCGCUGCCAUUGCCACAAACACCAAGCUCCUCCUAGGUAUCUGGGCCUCGGGCACUGACAGCAUCGACAAUGAGCUCAAGGCCCUCGAGACUGCCAUUGAAAAGUACGGCACCAAGCUGACCGACCUGAUUGUCGGUAUCUCGGUCGGUAGUGAGGACCUCUACCGCGUGUCCGACACAGGCAUCAAGAACAAGUCUGGUGUUGGUGCCGAUGCCACCACCAUCGUCAGGUUUAUCCAGGAAGCCCGCAAGCGUCUCGCCGACACCCCGCUCAAGGGCGUCAAGUUCACCCACGUCGACACCUGGACUGCCUGGGUCAACGAGUCCAACAAGGCCGUCAUUGACGAGAUCGACUUCCUUUCCGUCAACUCUUUCCCCUUCUACGAGGUUGAGCACAACAACGACAUUGACAACGCCGGCCAGCUUCUGAGCGAUGCCCUCAGCGCUGUUGACGGUGUUGCCCGCGGCAUGGACGUCUGGCUUACCGAGACUGGUUGGUCCUACAAGGGACCCAACUUUGGCAAGGCCGAGUCGAGCGUCAAGAACCUCCAGUCCUACUGGACCAACGUCGGUUGCCCUCUCUUCGGCAGGAGGAACGUCUUCUGGUACACGCUCCGUGACGCCAACCCCGCCAACCAGGUCAAGUUCGCCAUUACCGAUAAUCUCUCCACCACCGCUCGCAUCGACCUCAGCUGCCCCAAGGACAAGAAGACGCUUCCUUCCUCCAACUCCAACUCCAACAGCACUACUUCUACCGGCUCUUCUCACGGUAACUCGACUGUGAGAGGCGGCUAUGGCAGCGGCAACAGCACUGGCUCUGGAAGCGGAAGCCCAAGCGGAAGUGGAAGCCCAAGCGGAGCCGGCGGUGCUGGUGCUGGUGCCGGCGGUAACAAGCCCACCCCAACUGGCCCCUCAGUCGCUCAGAGCACCGGUGCUGGUGCUUCCACCUCCGUCUCCAUUGUCAACGCCAUGGCCAUGGGUCUCUCCGUCGUCUUUGCCGCCGCCGCCUGGGCCUUGUAGACAACUUUGCCCAUAGCUGGAAAUUUUGCGUUUUGGUACUAGAACAGGGUCUCUUUGUUAGCAUAAAAUGAAACGGUUUGCGUUCGUUGGGGACGUUCAGUUUUGAGCGGCUAUUGGUGCGUCCAAAGGACAACACGUCUUUGUAAUAACAUAUCUCUAGAAUGAAAAACGUCUACCUUUUCUUACCCCCAUGACACGAAAAAAGGAUACAAAUUACAGAAAAGCGUGAGCAGUGGUUGUUGAGGGUUGGUUUUUGUCAGGAAAAGAAUUAAGACGUCUUCAUGCUAAUGUAUAUAUAAAAC